AUGAAGUUGCUCGCGACCUUCGUCGCCCUUGCCCUCUCCCUGCCCGCUCUUGGCGACCUGACCACUGGCAUACCCGACGCGGCCCCAGCAGGCUUUGAAGAGUGGGAGAGUCCCAUUGUCCAACCGGCAAAAAACGUGACCGGAGAUGGCGAUUGGGCAAGCGCUGUCGCCAGAGCCAAGGCGUUCGUGUCCAAACUCACCUUGGAGGAGAAAAUUAACGUCACGACCGGUAUCGACGUCGAAGGCCGCUGUGUCGGCAACACUGGAACGAUCCCGAGGUUCGGUUGGAACGGUCUCUGUCUGGAAGAUUCGCCUCUCGGUGUUCGACUCGCGGAUCUCGUCAGCGCUUUCCCCGCUGGUAUUAAUGUAGCGAUGACCUGGGAUAAAAAUUUGAUGUACGCCCGCGGUAAAGCAAUGGGCCAAGAGCACAGGGGAAAAGGCGUCAAUGUCGCCCUUGGUCCCAUGACUAACCUUGGUCGUGUGGCCGCCGGUGGUCGCAACUGGGAAGGCUUUGGUGCCGAUCCAUACCUUGCUGGUGUCGCCUCGGCGCAAACUACCAAGGGCUACCAGGACGUCGGCGUUAUUGCUUGCGUCAAGCACUACAUCGGCAAUGAACAAGAGCACUUCCGAGGAGGAUCGGAGGCCCCCCAGGUCUAUUCGUCCAACGUGGGCGACAAAACCCUGCACGAGCUCUAUCUCUGGCCAUUUGCUGAGGCCGUCAACGCUGGUGUUGGUAGCGUGAUGUGCUCGUACAACAAAAUCAAUCAGACGCAAUCUUGCCAAAACAGCAAGCUCAUCAACGGCGUCCUUAAGGAGGAACUUGACUUCCAGGGCUUCGUGCUCAGUGAUUGGGCUGCUCUCAUUAACGGCGUGCAACCGGCCUUGGCGGGAACGGACAUGAACAUGCCCGGAUUCACAGCUUACGGCCAGGGUCCGCAGGACGAGGAGAACCCCGACAACACCACCAACUCGUGGUGGGGCUCUGCUUUGAUCGAGUCGGUCAAGAACGGCAGCGUUCCCGAAUGGCGAGUGGACGACAUGGUGGUCAGGACAUUCGCCGCAUACUACAAGAUGGGCCAGGACCGGAACUACCCACCGGUCAGCUUCAGCCAGCUCACUGAACAGACCUACCUCAACGGCGUCAAAGUGAACGAACACGUCAACGUUCAGGGCGAUCAUUACAAAGUCAUCCGCGAGAUCGGCGGCGCCAGCACCGUGCUUCUCAAGAACAAGGGAGCGCUUCCUCUGAGCUUGAACAAGAUUAAGCGUAUCGGUAUCUUCGGUUCCGACGCGGGACCCAAUCCUGACGGGCCCAAUGGAUGCUCGGACCGUGGCUGCGAUCAAGGCACCCUCGCGAUGGGAUGGGGAAGCGGGACUGCUAACUUCCCGUACCUCAUCGACCCGUCCGCUGCCAUCAACGCCUACGUCAAUGCGAACAAACCGACGAUCCCGGUUGAAGCCGUUUUGAACGACUUCAACUACGCUCAAGUCGCCGACGUUGCUGCGGUGGCCGACACCUGUCUUGUGUUCACGAAUGCCAUGUCCGGAGAAGGGUACAUCACUGUGGACACCAAUGCUGGAGAUCGCAAUAACCUCACGCUCUGGCAUGCCGGAGACGCUCUCAUCAAUGCCACGGCCUCCCAGUGCAGCAACACUAUCGUCAUCAUGCACGCCGUUGGCCCCGUCCUGGUGGAGGCCUGGAUCGACCAUCCCAAUGUCACUGCCGUGCUUUACGCCGGCCUGCCCGGUCAGGAGACGGGCAACGCCAUCGUCGACGUACUCUUUGGCACUGUGAACCCCAGCGGACGCCUCCCGCACACCAUCGCAAAAUCUCGAUCUGACUACCCCGCGGACGUACUGUACACCAGUUCGAUGGAGACGCCUCAAAUCACGUACGAAGAGGGCGUCAACAUCGACUACAGGCACUUUGACGCCGCCGGCAUCACUCCACGAUUCGAGUUCGGAUUUGGUUUGAGCUACACGACGUUCGCCUACAGCGGGUUGCGCAUCUCCGGUUCCGUGCACAAGAGAGGCGUGCGUUCGGCCGUUUCCUCCGCUGCGUCCAGCGUCUCCGCCUCCGCUUCGCUGUCCACCGUCGCGUCGUCUUCCCUUGCUUCCGCCACGUCGAGCCUAUUCUCCAGCGCAUCGACCUUAUCGGCUUCCAGCGCUCCCUUGUCCUCAUCUGCAGCAUCUUCCGCCGCUUCCGCCACGAUCACAGCGUCUGCCUCGUCCAAUGCCUCAGUUUCCAUCUCCGCUUCCGGUUCCUUCUCCCUGAAUGCGACGUCAUCGGCCUCGUUGAAUGCCACUUCCAGCAUCUCCUCGAACGCCACCGCGACGGGAUCGGCUCCUCCCGCCAUCUCUUCCCCUGCUCAGACGCACCCAGGCGGUCCCGCCAACCUCUUUGACACUCUUUACACCAUUUCUUACACCGUCUCGAACACGGGCGGCGUUGACGGCAACGAGGUCUCCCAGCUCUACCUAUCUUUCCCAGCCAGCGCGAACGAGCCUCCGCGCGUGCUGCGCGGCUUCGACAGGAGUUUUAUUCGCCGGGGAGGCGCCGCUCAUAUUUCGCUCCCUCUUCGCCGCAAGGACAUCAGUAUCUGGGACGUCGUGUCUCAGAAGUGGGUCAUCCCUAGCGGCACCUUCAAGGUGUCCGUGGGCAGCUCGUCGAGGCAGAUUCACCUGACCGGCACGUUCAACGUCUAG